AUGGUUACAAACAGGAAAGCAGAUUUUUUGAAAGGAUUACCAGUCUACAACAAAAGCAACUUCAGUAGAUUUCAUGCGGACUCUGUAUGUAAAGCAUCGAACAGAAGACCAUCAGUGUAUCUUCCCACAAGGGAGUAUCCUUCUGAACAAAUCAUAGUAACAGAAAAGACAAAUAUACUAUUGCGUUACCUACAUCAGCAAUGGGACAAAAAGAAUGCAGCAAAGAAGAGAGAUCAAGAGCAAGUGGAAAUAGAAGGUGAGAAUUCGGCACCGCCACGGAAAAUUGCUCGGACAGACAGCCAGGACAUGAAUGAGGACACUUAAACUCUCUCCUACACUAUUUUGCAGGCGCUUCCUGUUUUUUGUCUCAAAAUGUGUAAAUUUUCGCUCCCCCCUUCUCCUUGCUCCACUAUGCAGCCCAAACCACUUCUGACUUCAUAGGAGCCAAUGUAUUUAUUUUUUUCUUCCGUUUUUAUUUAUGCUGUAAAACGUAUGGAGCGAUCAAUGGUGAAACAAGUCAGCAAAUGAUGUAGUAUAACUUCAGACCCUUUUAAAAAAAAUGAUCACUUUUCCAGGUUUCAUAAAACCUGUUGCUUAAUCAGCCCUCUUUGCCCUGGAAGCCUGGGUAGGGGAUAUGAAUUUACAGCAUGCAAAUGCCUGUGGUACAGGCUUUCUCAUCCAUACAGUCACUGGUCCGUUACAGUUACCAACUCUGUAUAGCCUGUAUCCAAUCUACCAGUAAUUGUGGGGUGGGGGGAACCUCAGCCACUCUGAAAUGUUGAUCCUAAAAUCAGCGGCGUACUGGGGAAUCCUGGGGACCCUUUCGGGUUGUGCUGAUCUUAUCAAAUGUGGUCAGCUCGAUAGAACAGUUGUGGGGUUUUUGUUCAGCAACGUAUGUUGUCACGUAAAUCAGUGGUCAUGGAGAAUUCAAGGGACAGGCGUGUUACUUUGGUUGCUCUUACAUUUUAACAGCCUUUUGGUCUUGAACGAACUGGUAUGUGCAACUUCUCCAUUGGAAUAAAAAGGAUACUUUUAUCCUUCUGAGUAUUUGAUCGACAGUGUCUUUAAAAUGGCAGCAGGUGGAAUGGAAUUGGGUAGCUCUCCCUAGCAAACCUGUUGGUUAAAUUUGAAAAUCAAAUUGGGUACAGGUUGGCCUCUGGCUAUUUCCUUUCUCUCAACCAGUGAUUCUGGAAAAAAAUCGUACAUUAGAUGACUGGAGCUGAGUCCACGACUUUUGGAUGCAAAGUAGCUGAACAAAAUGAGCUUCCAUGGUCUCUUUCGUUUGGACAGUGACAGUUCAGUGCCUGUCACCUAUAAUCCAGUCCUGACUAGCUUCAGUAGGAGCCAAAUACAAAACCGUCCAGAUGUCUGAGAGGAAUUAAAGGAAACCACUGUAGUUGACUGAAGGUGCGUGUCUCGCGAUUGCCUGUCCAUUCUGCUUUUCAGUCUACAGUGUUUGAUAGGUUGAACUUUAGAUAACUUUACGUUGGUCUUGUCCCUGCAUCUCUGCUCAUCUCCGAACUGAGUCCGGAAGCCAUGUGAAUCUUUUUCUAGAAAACCAUGGAUAAAGCCUCGGUCUCUAGGGAAUUUGACCACGGUGGCUAAACUCGGAUGAAAGACCUGUGACGACAGAGCUCAUGCUGCCACCUUCCCUACUGUGUCCAGACCUGUGGACAACUUAUUCAAAGUAAAAGCAUGAUGGGAGUGAAAGCCAUCAGCAGCACGGUUUUUUACACAAGAGGAUUUUGUGAGGAGCAGACUUCACUUAUUGCUGCCUCUUUAUAAGUACGUACGAGAUGCUAAGCUCUGAUUCUAAUAUUCAGUUCAUCUCACUUCUUUUAGUGACGCCUGUUAAGUUGUUUAACCAGCCCUUAAAAUAGGGACGUUUUGUGCCUCCAGAUUCCAAGGUAAAAAUACCAGCUGGGUUGGUCAAGACUGAAGUAGGGUUUUUGCAAUUUUGUUUGAUCUACUGGCAAUCACAACUUAACAAGAACUUUUCUCGGAGCUGUGCUGCCCAAAAAGAUGCUGGCAUAUGAAGUGCCAGAAACAAACAGAGAAGAGGGUUAGCUGCAAGAGCAUGUUAAAAGGUUUGGAAGAUACCAAAGGAAGAAAUGGGUGGUGUUCUGCUGAUAUGUAACCAGUGCUGUGUGUGUAGCUACAUUUGAGAGUUCCAGACUCAGAUUGAUGUUUGUCAAGUGUUUAGCUCCUUACCAAUAGAGAGUUUGGAGCUUUGCUGAUCUUUCCACUACAGCGAGCGAGGUACCAUUAAAGAAUUGUCACAUCCUGGCCUACACCUUCAUCUCUGUUCCCCUUACAGUAAAUAUAACCUUGCUGGUAACAGAGCCUUUGACAUCUUACAAAUAAGGAUUUUUUUGUUUGUUAAAAAUCUAGUUCACGCACGUAGAAAAAAAUUGUAUUUGUCAACCGGAAAAAUAUAGUUGCCUUUAAUUUCCUGAGAGCAAGUCUGAAGUUGUGUGUGUGUGGGGGGGGCUGUACAUAAACUCGAGUGUCCUUUCAGUCAAACGGUUGCACUUUGCUUUUGAUGUUGGCUGUCCACGAGCAGCAUGGAUUUCCGACACUAACAGGGCAUGGAUGCAUUUCACUGAAAGUUUUGAUUGGCAAGCUGAGUGAGAUUAGAUAAUUUAGUCUGAUCUGAAAGCCGCCGCCUCCUACCAUCCAGUUUCCAUGCUACUAAUGGCUUGAAAAUGCCUCCCUCAAACUGCUUCAUGUUCAAAAUGUUGGCACUGCUGUUUUAGUUACUCGUAUCAGGUUCGUGUUGCAUAUGGAAACUCCUUCCCAAUCGAUUGUCUGGUGUUUUAGGUACAUCUUCCGUGAAAGAUCCAGAACUUCUCCAGCAGUGUCCAGUUUGUAUAAUAUGUAGUUCUCCUGCUUUCUGACUAUCCUGUGACACAGUGAAUGGGAUUUGCUGACCCAUCAUGUGUGGUUUUGUAUGUCAGCAUAGCAGUAUUUUUAUUGUCUAGUAUCGCACACACUUUUUAUGAAAUCUUAGAAGCUUGUCAAAGAUCAGAAUAGAAUUCUUGGAGUGAAUUGUGCGACCUUUAGCAGAAAUUGGAGCUGCAGGAACAUAUUUCAUGGUUAAUUUCAAUGAGAAAUGCAGAGGAUGGUGAACCCUGGGAAUAGCCUAGCGAGUAUCUAUCCUCCCAUGUAGUGCUAUCCACUAGAGGAGAAAGCAUGUGCCAUCUCUUUAGUAGCCCCCUGAGACCGAUUGGCUGUGAUGGGUAAAUCUAAGCUCUUUCAUUUGUAGACUUCGUCUUUUUUAAAAACAGACUGGCUGUCGUGGGUGCAAUCACAGGAUUAGUGGCUGACUUAAGGCCAAACCAAAGAUGUCUUAAACUAACUCCAGAUAUCCAGUGUUGACUUCAAAGGAUUUAUAUUCUUGUCCCCUCUCUGACUUCUAAACAACUUUAUAAGGUAUUGAAGUUUUGAAAGGGAAGUUGUUCAGUUUUUUUUUUUUUU